UCCCAAGUUUACAACUCACACUGCUUGAUUUGAUGCGCAACUGUAACGAAAAAACCUAUUCAGGGAAAGGUGCAGGGGUGUGUUCCUAUUGAUUUGCAAAAAUUAAAAAUAACUAAAAUGAAUGGAUAGAGACAAAGGAGGAAAGGGGAGAGAGGUUAGGUGAAAAUUGGGAUCACGUGCCGGGAUCAAUUCAAGACUUGUUGUUGAGGUCCGAUUCCAGAAUUCUGAAUUGUGGAGGCCCGAUCCGUUUCCUGUUCGGGUAAUCUUUCUUUAUUGAGCUCAGCUGUUGACUCCGGACGGACUCCGAAUCACCAACCGACCGUUUUCGCCGGCAGUGAGGUCGGAAUCGGAUGGCUGAGCUCGAUUGAUUUGAUUGAAGUAACAAGUAAGGGUGGUUCCGUGGUUCACUCUAUGCUUAUGGACUAACAUUCAGAGAUUGAAGUUGAUGUAUGGGGAAUGAGCAUAUAUUUAAGCACAUCAUGAUUUCAGGUGGUCCCCAUCUGCACGCUAAGGCAAGUACUUGAUGGCAGACUUACCAGGCUAUAUGCGUGCCUGCUUGCAUACUGGAAAACUUGCCGCCCUGGCAAUUUUGGUCUCUGGAGGGAUUGUAUUGCAAAUUUUGGCGUGUGCUUUGUACAAUAAUUGGUGGCCAAUGCUAACUGUAAUAAUGUAUGUGCUCCUUCCCAUGCCAUUGCUGUUCUUUGUGGGAUCCGAUUCUUCUAUAUUUUCACAUUCUGAAAAUGGCUGGGUAAAUGCAACCAAGUUCUUGACCGGAGCUUCAGCUAUUGGAAGCAUUGCAAUCCCUGCUAUCUUAAAACACGCUGGUGUAAUUGGUUGGGGGGCCCUGGCUAUGGAGCUCUCAUCCUUUUUCGUAUUUGUACUGGCAAUAAUGUGUUACAUUCGGACAAGUGAUGAUGAUGACAGCUACAGUUCGAUCUGAGGUAUGCCUCUCCUGCAGUCCUGCCAGAUUUCUGUAAAGACGUGUUAUUUUCCCAUAGGAUGUUUCUAUUUCUUGGUGAGCAUUGCCUCCAAUAUCAGCUUGUUAUAUAUUCCAAAACUGCUUUCCCCUUUACGUUUUUUCCUGUUUGAGUGUAAUUAUUUAUCCAUGUAAUUGAGUGUGUAUUGUGUUUAAUACGUUUUAACAUCUCACUGUAUCGAUUCACAUCGGAAUUGUGUGUCCUUGUACUUCUAGUGUAGUUGAUGGUUUGGUCGUCA